AUGUUCACAAAAGAAUUUGGUUUACGUGCAUUGGCUGGUGAUUUUAUUCUUCGUAAUCUUCUUAGUGAACAAAUUACAGAUCUUAAUAUUGAUAUUCAGUAUGAUAUAAUAGCACAAUCCACUAUAAGUCUUUCAGAAAAGUUUGCCUUAAUAUUAUCAUUAAGUAAAAGAUUAAUCAGUUUAAAUUUUUGUCAAUUAUUUCAUUAUCGAAAAAAACUUCCGAGAUUGAAACAUUUUUCAUUAACAUCGUUCGAUGACACAAUAUAUUAUGACAAACUAAUUAUUCCACUACUUUGUCGAAUGAUAAAUCUUGAAGAAUUGAUAUUAUUUUUAUCAAUAAUCAGAUUUAACUCGACUUUUAUUGAUGGUAUUCAAUUAUAUGAUCAAUUUCUUAUUUAUAUACCACGAUUAAAUAAAUUUACAUUCAGUAUAAUUACAGUUGUUGUCAACAAUAAUAUUCAUUUGUCAUCACAUAAAGAUAUUCAACAUAGUUUUAUUGGAAGAAGAUAUGGACAAGUUGGUUCAUAA